GGUACAGUAGUGGUGUAGUUGUAGUAGUAACGUUAAUGGACCCAACGGUGUGUGAUUAUUGGGGGUGAAUCGUGUCAUACUUUGGUUGCACGAUUUUUAAUGCGGGGCAGCUAGUUAUCCAGUUAAGAUUUAGUAACACCUCUACGGGGGUUCAGAGUCACUCCAAAUUUUAUUCGAAUUUAGGCUGUUAGCUAGCUAUUGUAAGUCGUAUAUUUGCGAACGGCGCCUUGGAUGCCAUCGCCGAUGGACGGAUCAUCUAGCAGAGAAGGUGACCUGUAUACGGUGAAGCACGAGCUAAAAAAUGCUAACCUGACUGGCCAUGUGGAGCGGGUGGGGAUAGAGAACUUUGAGCUGCUCAAAGUGCUGGGCACUGGAGCCUACGGGAAGGUGUUCCUGGUGCGCAAGGUGAGCGGGCACGACGCGGGCAAGCUGUACGCCAUGAAGGUGCUGAAGAAGGCCACCAUCGUGCAGAAGGCCAAGACGGCCGAGCACACGCGCACCGAGCGGCAGGUCCUGGAGCACAUCCGCCAGUCGCCCUUCCUCGUCACGCUGCACUACGCCUUCCAGACGGACACGCAGCUGCACCUCAUCCUGGAUUAUGUGAACGGCGGGGAGCUCUUCACGCACCUGGUGCAGCGCGUGCGCUUCCGGGAACAGGAGGUGGCGCUCUACAGCGGCGAGAUCGUGCUGGCGCUGGAGCACCUGCACCAGCUGGGCAUCGUGUACCGCGACCUGAAGCUGGAGAACAUUCUGCUGGACUCGAACGGCCACAUCGUGCUCACAGACUUCGGCCUGAGCAAGGAGUUCCAUGAGGUGGAGAGGGCCUACUCCGUGUGCGGCACCAUCGAGUACAUGGCUCCAGAGAUCGUGGAGGGGGGAGCGGACGGACAUGACAAGGCGGUGGACUGGUGGAGUCUCGGGGUGCUGAUGUACGAGCUGAUGACCGGAGGUUCCCCCUUCACCGUGGACGGGGAUGAGAACUCCCACACCGAUAUCUCCAAGAGGAUUCUGAAAAAGGACCCGCCCUUUCCCAAGGACAUGAGCCGCCCGGCCAAAUGCCUCAUCCAGCGCCUCCUCACCAAAGACCCCAAAAAGAGGCUGGGCUCGGGGCCGUCUGGGGCGCAGAGUGUGAAGGAGCACCCCUUUUACCAGAAGAUCAACUGGGAGGACCUGGCGGCGAAGAAGGUUCCGGCGCCGUUCAAGCCGGUGAUCCGGGACGAGCUGGACGUCAGCAACUUCUCCGAGCAGUUCACCGAGAUGGACCCCGCCUACUCCCCCGCCGCCCUGCCCCAGAACUGCGACCGCAUCUUCCAGGGCUACUCCUUCAUGGCUCCCUCCAUCCUGUUCAAACGCAACGUGGUGAUGGACGACCCGUCCCAGCUGUGCGGGGGCUCGGACCGGCCCGGCUCUGCCGCCGUGGCCCGCAGCGCCAUGAUGAAGGACUCCCCGUUCUACACGCACUAUGAGCUGGACCUGAAGGAGCCGGUGCUGGGAGAGGGCAGCUUCUCCAUCUGCAGGAGCUGCACCCACAGGAAGACGGGGCAGAAGUACGCCGUCAAGAUCGUCAGCAAGAGGAUGGAGGCGCAGACGCAGAAGGAGAUCGCCGCUCUGAAACUCUGCGACGGACACCCCAACAUCGUCCGGUGCCACGAGGUCCAUCACGACCAGCUGCACACGUACCUGGUGCUGGAGCUGCUGGGGGGCGGCGAGCUCCUGGACAGGAUCCGGCGGAAGCAGCACUUCAGCGAGACGGAGGCCAGCCGCAUCAUGAGGCGCCUGGUGUCCGCCGUCAGCCACAUGCACGACGUGGGCGUGGUCCACCGCGACCUCAAACCAGAGAAUCUGUUGUUUACAGACGAGAGCGAGGGCUCGGAGAUAAAGGUCAUCGACUUCGGCUUCGCCCGGCUGAAGCCGCCUGAUAACCAGCUGCUGAAGACGCCCUGCUUCACGCUCCACUACGCCGCCCCCGAGAUCCUCAACUACGACGGCUACGACGAGUCAUGUGACCUGUGGAGCCUGGGCGUGAUCCUGUACACCAUGCUGUCAGGGCAAGUCCCCUUCCAGUGUCAAGAGAAGAGUCUCACCCACACCAGCGCUGAGGAGAUCAUGAAGAAGAUCAAAAAGGGGGACUUUUCUUUUGAAGGAGAGGCCUGGAGGAAUGUCUCCCAGCAAGCCAAGGACCUCAUACAAGAGCUCCUGACGGUGGAUCCGGAGAAGCGGAUCAAGAUGUGCGACCUGAGGUACAACGCCUGGCUUCAGGACGACAGCCAGCUGUCCUCCAACCCGCUGAUGACGCCGGACAUCCUGGGCUCCUCCGCGGCGUCCGUGCACACCUACGUCAAAGCCACCUUCAACGCCUUUAACAAGUGCAAGCGAGAGGGCUUCCGGCUGCAGACCGUGGACAAGGCCCCGCUGGCGAAGAGGCGGAAGAUGAAGAAGACCAGCACCAGCACGGAGACGAGGAGCAGCUCCAGCGAGAGCUCGCACUCCUCCUCGUCCUCCGCGCAGACCCCGCCCGGCGACGUCCCCCCGCCGCCGCCCGUCGGCACCCCCCUGGCCCUCGCCCCGAACGACAACCCGCUCCAGACCGCCACCGCCGCUGCCGCCAAACCUGCGCUGCCCAUGUUCCACUUCACCGAGUGAGCGGGCGGGGAGGGGGCGGAGCCAGCGGGGGUGACUGACAUCAUGGCGGCGGGGUUCUCUUACAGACAGACAGACAGACAGACGGACGGCCGGCCAGGCAGAGACGUCCCCCCCCCCUGGCCGCUCGGGCGUCACACACACUGGAAUUCCACACGGCAUGGGAACGCUCGCAUUCCCAAAAUCAUGCAUGCACUGACCCUGCGUCCCCUCUCUCCCAACAUCGCUAGCAAUAGGCGGGCCGACCCACCAGGUCCGCGCAUGAAACUUACCAAUCGCCGUGACAACGGAACUUCAAAAAAAAUCCAGAUAAUUCCAUCGGGACGGGGACAGUGGAGGUGGUGAGAACCAGCCCUUUCCCAUUGGACCGUCUGAAUGGUGGAGUAGAUGGCAGUUAUUUAAAACAAAAGAAUAUUUAUAAAGCGCGUACAUUGGGUGGGAAAAUUAUAUAUUAUCACACGAUUUGUGCUUCAUGUCUUUUAACUUAUUUGUCUGUGUAGUUACUGUUGUCAAGUUACUGUUUCUGUGGUUAAUUGAGACCAUUAGACAUUUCUACUUUUUUCAGAAAUCUGCUCGAUUUUCCAUUUUUACAUACACUCACUCCAGAAUUUUUGGCAAAAAAAAGCAUUAAUGUGUAGUUUGUUUUUUUAGAUGAAACAAUAUCGACACCUCUGCUUCGAAAACAACUGUAGCACAGAAGAGAUAUUCGUCUACAAGGGUUUUUGCAUAGCUGUUCAUGUAGCAUAACUUAACAUAACUAUCUCAUACCUAAGAGUAGUUUUUUCCGGAUGCUUUGUCCUUCCAGGUGAAACGCACAGACCCUGCCUGGACAGCGCUGCUCCGUGAGUGGUUAAGAUCGCGGCGACCUUCCCUGCUUGGGGUCAGCCGUUCCCUUGGUUACGUAAACACUGGCGCACGCAGACGCCACAGGCACCGUUUGUUUGUCAACUGCGACACCCCGAAGGUGCUUUUUUAAGAAGUUUAAGGUCGCGAACCUUGAGGGAAAAUUGUAUUGUUUUUUGAGAGGGGCUCCUGGAUAUAUGUGACUCCCCCCCCCACUGUCCCACACAUCCUGUGAGGGGUGUUUUCGGUCGUUUUUAUUCAGGAGCAGUCACGUCCUGUGAGGGGUGUUUUUGGUCGUUUUUAUUCGGGAACAGUCCCGUCCUGUGAGGGGUGUUUUUGGUCAUUUUUAUUCAGGAGCAGUCACGUCCUGUGAGGGGUGUUUUUGGUCAUUUUUAUUCAGGAGCAGUCACGUCCUGUGAGGGGUGUUUUUGGUCGUUUUUAGCUGGGGGGCCGCAGCGCUGCGAGCCAGCUUUACUCCCUCUGAGGCUCCUGCCGGCCCUCGUACCCGCUGUCGUAUUCAUAGAUUCCGGCGGGUGCGGUUUCUUUUUGGGAGGGCCGUUGUACGGGGCCUAAUCCUGGCCGUGGUCUGCAUGGGACGUCCAGGUGUGCUUCGCUGGCGGCCAGACAGAAGCACAGAGCUACGACACAGGCACAAAUAUGCAUCAGAAUAAACGCCAGACUAGCACAGCAAUAACCCCUCAACAUUCUCUGUGCUUCAGAACCGGAGAGCCAGAUCCUACCAGGAGGAGCUUUACGUGAACGUAACUUUAAAGAAAAGCAACUCUUGCUUAUUAAUAAUGUGCUUUUGCUGAAGAUGAGUUUUGUUUCGGUUUACAGCAGACAGUGGGAGACCUAUUUAUGACUGAAAGGGGAGUGUUCUUCAAAAGAUUUUGUUAAAAAAAAAACCCCUUUGGGAAGAUGAAUGAUUGGUGUAUAUAGUGGCGUUGUUUAAACAUUUCAGUACUACUUGUGGGUCUAAAGGUGUGCACAGGAACGUUAUCUUUCCUAUGCAAUAUCUAAAGGGAAUAUCACUUCUUGAAGCAAAUGUCAGUGUACAGCUGUAUUGCUGUACUUGUUUAUGUCCAAGUGCUUUUUUUGGAUGUUACUGAAGCAUUAGUUUCCCGUUAAACACGUGUGCAAUGUCAAGAACUACAAGUGCUUUUUUUAGUGCGAAGUCCAGAUCAAUGGAUUAAGCUGUGCUUAUGUGUCCCCGGCCUAUUGAAUUACAGUGGGCACGACUGUCCUGUGUCCUUCUCUCUGCAGAAUGGCCCUUGUUGAUUUGCUAGACCGUAGCUGAAUUGUACUGGGGGUUGCGUAUCUGAGAUGGGGCAGGCUUAUUGGGUUAAAGUGCAGGUAUUUUUGCUGCUUGCAGGGUCAAAGUGUAAUUUCAGUUAAUUUUUCGCAUGGUUUCUGAGAAAUGAAAGAUUGUGAAAUUCUAUAUCGUAAAAAGAUUGGGUUUUUUUUUUUUUUGUUCACCUCUUGCAAAUUAACUGCAGCUAUUUUUUAUCCUUCACGUGGUUCACUGUCCUAAAUACAGUGCCACUGGGGAAAGGCGUUCUUCUUCAUUUAUGAAUGUGGAGGAAACGCUAAACCCUUUUCUAUGCCACGGUGGGCCCGUUUGGGAUCAUUUCAGUAGGAAUAAAAACAUUUCAGUAAUUUUGUUUCUGGAGGGGGGAGGUGGUCAGCGAGCAUGGGCACUUGAACCUGGUCAUGUGGUCUGAAAAACACCCCCCCCCCCCCCAUUUGCUAGCAUUCUUGCCAAAAAACCUACUAAUGGCCCAAAUCACACCCCCAGUCCAAUUCCAUGCUAGGGUUCAGGAACUGUUAAGGAUUCAAAAAUUCACGAUUGUUGAAUUGUGUUCUGAAGGCGGUUUCAGACUCCUGCUUGCAGGGUACGCGUAAGAUCAGCCUUACGCCUUCAGUGUAUCAUGGGGCAGACUACAGAGAGAGGAAGAACACGUUUUCGAUCCCAGUUGUGGAGCACGGACAUGUAUAGCGUAGACAGGGCCGUGGGAGGGUUUUCAGAAAUCUUUUUGUUUGUUCAGGUGAGUCCCACUGAGAUUUUUUUUUUUUUUUAAAGUCUUUUUCAAGGGACCCCUGGGCAAGAGAUGAGAGUAGUGCUGGGGACUGGUAGGACUGGGAACAGUAGAUUUGUUUCAGUAGAAUACCACAGAAUUCUAGACUGUUAGGUGUCCAGUGUUCUCCCGCUCGCGGUACUUCUGAACCGUCCUGGGGCGGCUUUCUCUCGGGUUGGGGUGAGCAUAUUUGGUGGGUGACCUCUCGACGCCCCUCAUAUUUGUACGUGAGCUUGGGGCGCUGGGCCACCACACAUUCAGCUGAAGACAAUCAGGACCGUGUGCGUCUUACACAACGCUGAGCACUCUGUACAGGGUGUUUGGCUGCGCAGACAGACUUUAAAUAUGGGGUAGCCCUUUUGGGUUAUCCCAUAUAUACAAUAAAAAUAUACAUAUAUGAACGGUCCUCUUCUGGGCACUUUUUGUCGCGUCUCUGUAUUCAGUGUAAAUUUUGUAAAAUGCAAAUUUGUUGAUGUUCAUGUUGAAAUGCCUGGGUAGGAGAUAUCCAGUCAGCUGUCCUAUGCACGCGUGAGUGGCACACUGUGUGGGUAUAGCAGGUGGGCGAAUGGGGGAAACGGCGUUCGAGUGCGGAGCGAUAUUUCUGUGUUUCCUGCACUGCGUUCCCGAUUCCUCGUCGCAGGAAGUGGUGGCGCUCUUGAGUUUCGGCCGAAGGCACGGACUGAAAGCUAAACGCGUUUCUUUCUUUCUUCGUUUUGGCGUUACGGAGAGUUGACGUGACUGAUGUCACAGGAGUUUUCCCGGGACGGCGAGGAAUGGAGUCGGACGCUUUCCCGGUCUCCGGUUUCGCUGCGGACGGGUGUUUUUCCUUCCGGAAGCGCGUAUGGAUUUUCCUCUCUAGGGCAUCUUUUAAUCCUAUGAUCCUAUAGUAUGUAGGCGACCCAGAAUUUGGGCGUAGUCUGGCAUUUUUCAUGGGAAAUUGCACGUUUCGUGUUUUUUAAUCGGCGGUGCAAACCAUUUUUUAAGGUGAGCAAGACAGAUAAAUUACUGUAGUUUUCUUGGAAGUCCUUUAUUACGAGUCACGGUCAGUACUUCUGUCAGAAAAAAAAAAAAAAGAAAAAGUGACUUGUGUGUACUAGUUGAAUACAAAGUAGCAGUUAGUCUUAGUGUCUUUCUGUUGGUGAACAAUCAACGAUUUUCAAGCGUCAUGUAAAAGGAGAAACCUCUAUUAAAAGGGACCUUUCUGCCUGUGAGAAGCUUGGUGUGCAGUCCUUGGGGCGGUGACCGCGCUGCCUCUCCCAGAGCUGAGCGUGGCCCUCGAUCGGCGAGCGGCGGUUCGGGAGCGAAAUGGCGUAGAGGAGAGCUCCUUUGUGUGCGGGGGACUGAUGUUAGGGCUGGUGGCUCCCAGCUGUGCUCCACUGGGAACGAGUGCCAAUUAGAUUAUCCGUUACUAAGAACGUAUUUUUUUAAAAAACAAGAUGCUAAACGUGAUGCUAAAAAAAAAAGUUCCAUCACACACGGAUGCUUUAGUAUUGUGUGGGAGGAGAACGUUUUAAAGCAACGGUGAUAUUAUUCUGGAGUUUGUAUUAUAUUUGUGUGUCCCUCACCUGAGGUUUCAGAUUCGACAGAAGCCGCUCGAUCACGCUGGCUAGCACGCUGGGUAGCAAUGCGCGCCUUGUGCUAACGUUAGCUAGUUCGGCUCUCAGUCGAGGACUCCAUUUUGAAAUACGGGGGGCUCCAGGUCUGUAAAGGCUUCUGGUUUCGGGGCUACGCUGAGCUAAAAUUCUGGGGCCAACAGAAGAUGGUGUGUACAGAUUGUGGGAGUGACCUGUUGAGAGAUAUUUUUUAAAGGAAACGGCUGUUUUUGUAUUGUAAUGUUUUGUUUUGUUUUGUUUUGUUUUUUCCUCUUCAUUUUGCCAAAGGGAAAAGAUGCUGCUGCUGCUACAGCACCUCUGUUGGAACCAAUUAAUGCAAAACCUACCUUUCAACAGGAGAACAUCUGCUUUUAUUCUUUCAGCCUUUUUAAUGAAGCUUGUAACGUUGUGAGAAGCAUGCAGUACUUGUUACUCCUGGUGAAGCAGUUUAAAAUGGCGGUACUAAGGCUUCCCUCUUCAGCGUGUGCUUUCAUAGGUAGCUGACGGUGCUUUGCAUUUUAUAUCCUCUGAAGAUAAUGUGCCACUGCCAUCGCCCUCAUCGUCGAAAACCAUCCCUGCUCCGCACUGGCUGCAUAGCUGCAACUCUGUUGGUCUGUAGACCCUGCUGUUCACUGCACUGUGGAUUCUCUUCACUGUGAAAACCCAUUUUGUUAUUUUCAGUUGUUUUUUUUUUUUUUUUACAGGAUAGCACUUGUUUGUCUUGUAAUUAGGUGAAGUUUGUGUUUCUUGAAAUGAGUUGCCUGGCUUAUGAAAUCCAUAAUUGGAAAUAUGAUCACGUAACCACUCUGAUAUAAAUAAUGUGGUUUAUUGUUUAGAGAGAGAGAGAGAGAGAGAGAGAGAGAGAGAGCAAGCAAGAGUUUUGAGUGUGAUAGUUCAAUGGGAGUUUUUUAAUUUUAUUUAUUUUUUAAGUGAAAUCACUGCUUUACUGUUGAAAGUCUGUUUUUCCAUCAGUGCACAGGGUCUCUUAACAGCGUGGUCAGUGGAGAGGGUGUUCAGUCAUAUGCCAAAAUCGGACCUUUAAAACCUAGGCAGUGCAGUGAGGUUGUUGUUUCACGUAGGGACACAAGAACAGUCUUCGGUUGUCAUUCACGAUUUUGUCAAGCAAUGUAGCUAAAAUGCCAGAUGGCGAAAAUGCUGGGGCUGAUCGAGCAGGUAAGACCAGGAGUCGGUACGAACACCAGACAGACAGACGGCCCUCCUUGCCCACCUCUGCAGCCGAGACUCGCAGUGUCCUGCAGGGCAUUUCCAGUGAUGGCCAGCAGGGGGCAUUUGAAUGCAAGUUCUCCUGGGUUUCGUUGGAGGUUUGAUCAGAUCAAGGUGUAGUUCAGACCUUCUAGUCAUUUUAGCUGUGGAGGCAAAAAAAUAAAUAAAUAAAAAAGGGUUCAUCAGUUUUUCACAGUGAAAUGUGCAAUGUCAUCUUUAUGCAGAGAAAAGUACUCUUUUUAGAUAAAGGGAUUAAAGAAAUAUUUACACAAUUAUAUUUUUUGUUAUCUAGCUGGGCUAGAGCAUAGAUUUAUAGAUUUAUUAACUUAUUGAUACUGAAACUUGGUCAUUUGUGGCUGUCUACUCAAAGACAAGCCAAAUUUAUUUCACUUUUUUUGUUGUCUGCUGUACAUAUUGUAUAUGUUAAGCCAUAAGAUUGAAUCAUAUAAAUACAAAAAUUGAAUUGCUCUCUAUUGGUUGUGCUAGAUAUUUAAAUAAUAGUUUUCACAGAAUAACAGUUUUAUUGAUAAAAGAUAGAUACAGUAACAAAGAACUUUCUGAGUAUUUUAAAGAGAAUAAUAAUGAAAUUAAAAAUUCUGUUUUAUGUGGUACUAUAAUGGUAUGAAACUUCGGUACAUUGUGUGUGGGUCAAUGGUUUAAAGGGGAAAUGAGUAUUGGACUGAGGAGAAGAGUGUGUGUGUUAGUCAGUUGGUCCUGUUGGAGUAAUGUUUGUAUUGUUUUCCAUGGUUGAGACUUGAACAUUUGUGGUUCAGUAUGUGUCUAAACAAGAUCUUCAAGAAAAAGAUAAGGGCUUCAAAGUUUUGAAAUCUUUAUAAAUCUAAAUAAAUGAUAAUAAUAAUGCUGGUACUGUUUAAUGUCAUAUGUUUAAUAAAAUUCUAUAUGUUCACACA